UGGCAGUUCCUCGACGUUUCCAGCCUGUCAUUGAGACUUUGAAUGCGCAUCUAUUCAAAGGUGACAAAAUGGGCACCACCUGGUUACGUCACUGUACAACAUUUGCAGACAACUUGGGCGGCUGUGGAUCACACAACCUCAAAGACUCCGUUUACUAUGCAGUCUAUCAACUGACAGGCCUCUCUCUCUCUCUUUCUCUCGCACACACACGCACACAGAGAGAGACACGCGCGCGCACUCACAGAGGACAAACUCUCCCUCCCUCUUUCCCUCUCACAGCUGCAGAGAGAAUAGGCAGAGCAGCCGUGCACCGAGACAGGCUACGAUAAAUAAGGACGCACGCCUUUAUACUGGAACGGGAUUAUAGCUCAUUGCAGACGCAGUUUACUGUACAGUUUGUGAAAACCGAGGAAAUUGCGCUUUGGAAUUUAUACAUUUUAGCGUUCAGUAGUUUCGAAACUAAGCGAACAAUUCAUUUCACUGCAAAACUCAUUUAAAAAAAAAAUUAAAUACUGGGCUGACCAAAACGACCACCGCUACAGCAAGUUGAGAUUUUCGUAAAAUCGGCAUUGGAGCAAUAUUAGCCUGCUUAUUGCGCGCUACAGAAAUGCCUUUCAGUCACCUUCGGAAUUAGCCCAGGACUUGGCGUGCGUGUUUCUUAGACUAAGCGUUUUGUGGUUUGUACUGACAACAUUCAAAAUAACAAUUUGACAACAUCGCACUAACAACCCUAGCCAGCAACACAAGCAAUACAGAUCAAUGAAGAAUGCGGGAGUAUUUUGGUGUUCUGUCCAGACGGAGUUAAUGAAGCCCUCGGUGGUAUCAUGCGUCUUCUCCCCGAGCCCAGCGCGCAGUCUUUGCGGCUCAUCUUUCUGCUAAUAUUCGUGAUGGGGGUGGCACCGUCCCCAGCUUUAACUGCGGGUUGUCCUGACCGCUGCGUGUGCGACGACCAGCUGGUCGUCCAGUGUGCCGGGCAGCAACUGACCGACUUUCCUGCCGACCUCCCGCUAGCCACCCGGCAGCUCAUAAUCUCCAACAACCGUAUCGGUGAGCUACCGGCGCUGCAGCUCAACUACCUGUCCGACCUAGUGUACCUGGACUGCAGCAACAACUCUCUCACGGAAAUAUCGGAGUCAACAUUUGGUAACCUCCGGAAGCUUGCCUACCUAGAUCUGUCCUUCAACACUUUAGCCCAAAUUGAUGACCGGACGUUCGGCCCGUUGGCCAGCCUGGUGAUGCUGAGAAUGACGGACAAUCCCGGUCUCUCAGAGAUUCACCCUGAUGCUUUCUCCGAGAACGCUGCGCUCCAGGUUCUGGAUGUCAGCCGGAACAACCUAACAACGCUUAAUAUCAGCACCCUUAUUGCCUUGCCAGCCCUUCGAUCUCUCGGACUGAGCGGGAACCCCUGGCGCUGUGACUGCGACACCGAGGACCUCUGUCUUUGGGUGCAAAUCGAAGGAUUCAAGUUUCAAGAUGAAGGACAGACCGUGUGCCGGGGACCUCCGGACAUGACUGGGCAGCGGCUGGCGGAGGUGGGCAUGCAGCUCCGGGCCGAGUGCCACCAGGGCCUGGGCUACUGGGACUACCUCUUCUUCAUCGCCAUCGGCUUCGUCAUCUUCUCGGCCGGCACGGUGUCCGCCUGGGUGAUGGGGGUGCUGAUGGUGCUGUACGAGCGCUACAGCAAGAGGAAGAGCGAGCGGCUGGACAGCGACGACGAGGAGGACAGGGGCGGACCGGGGAUUGGGAGUAACCAGGGCAACGGGGACCUGAAGAAGCCCAGCAUGCAGGUGUGAUGUUCACGGGGGGAAAAGAGGAGGAAGGAGGAAGGGCAUCUGAGGAGUAGACUGGCGGUUUUCGGGCACUUGAAAGAUGAUCACUCAGGAAGUGUGCGUCAGUGUUGCGGAGUCCGAAAGGGAUUUCUUAGCCUCUCCACUGCUCAUAGACGGGGGCCAAGCUCUCCGACUGCGUGUGUGAGACAGCGUCUUCCACCGCUGGACUGCGUGCGUUCUGCUCUCACACAGAAUUGGACUUAAUGGAAAGACUGCGGGUUUUAGUCGAAAAGAACGGGGUCCCAGCCGGUGCAGGCGGAGCAAUGACCUGAACAUGCCAUUUUCCAGAGGGACACAGAGAGCGAGGAGGUGCUUUUAACGAGAGCGAUUCGCUGUUGAUAUAUUAACACUACAGUACUACGUUUCCCAGAGGCUGCAUUCUCCAGCCCAUCAUAUAUGGGUCUAGGUAGGCUAGGAUAACUGCAAAUUAUAAUCACAUAGAAGAACUCCAGCGCUUGUUAUCUAAUUGGGGUAGGGUUAGCACAGAGCAUUGCUCAUUAAAGGGGAUUUAGUGAUUUAUAGCUUCAGAGGAAAAGCAACUCUGGCUCCCAUCACAAGGGGAUCAGGCCGAGUCAACGAUAAUAUAUGACACCUGACCUGCCUGGUGUAAAAUGUCUUUGGAAAAAAAUGCUGUGAACAGGGGUAGUGUCUGGACAGCACUGUCAGCGAAAUGGGGGGGGUUCCAUUUGCGUGUGUGUCUGUGUGUGUCUGUGUGUGUAUGUGUGUGUGUGUGUGCGUGUGUGUGGAGGGGGAGUAUUGAUUGAUUCCUCUUAAUUGAGUCCAGUACUACAGGUCAAGGUGGAAUAGCUCUUAGCAUACCUCUACACGCUGCACCAGAAGCCUUAGGUACUGUGGAAGACAUAAUUCUGCAGCAAUAAAGCCAUGUCUGGGGAAGCUGAGAGAGACAGGCGGUGCCACCCAGCGUUAGGCGAUGCGCUGCCGUCCUGGCUUGAGCAAAUUCCCACGGCAAAAGAGGUACACGUGGGGUACAGUGAAGAGGGUUGCCCUGUUUUUGGGUGUGGCUACACUAGCAGUCAUGUUUUGUAGGCCAUUCACAGUGCACCAUGGGAUGCUUCGCUAUAUAGAAUCCCCCAGGACCUUUACAUCCCGAGUCCAGGAUCUUGCUACAGGUCGUCCUGCUUUCUGUCCCGUGUCUUUGAAAUAAGGUUAACGCAUCAUUAAUGGGUCGUGUAUUUAUGGCCUUCUAAAACAGUCUGGAAUAGGCUUGGGGGGGGGGGGGGUGGGUUCAUUGAGGCUGAGUCUCAGAUAUAAGGACUCUCGGCACUGACCUCUACGUCACCUCAUCACCUCCAUGCCGUGUCUCUGGCUUAACCCGGGUCACGAAUACCCGAGGUCAGUGCUGAGAAGGCCCGGGGAUCCUGCUGGUGCACAGAGAUGAGUAUUAACCCACCUACAGCUGCAGACAGAAAUAUCACGUGUUGAAGGGGAAAGGGGAUUAGCUGGGAUGUGUAUAUAUAUAUAUAUAUAUAUAUGGGAGAUGUUGGAGGAUGUAUGGUGGAGUUUCUGCUAACCGCCAGAGACACAUGGGUGUGGUGGACUUAAUGUCAUGCGGGAUGAGCUUCUGGCUGGCGUCAGCUGCAAAGCAAUAAGAGGGGACUCCAGAGUGGCCCCUCCCACUUAUCUAGGCCUUGUCCAGGCCAACCCCCUCCCACAGCUGUGUGUGUAUGUGUGUGUGUGUGUGUGUGUGUGAGGCUGAGCACUUCAUGAAUGUUAGCGUGUUUGGUACUGACUGCGUGGAGCUUGGAUCUCUACGCAUGGGACCCAUCUCUUUCUCAGGGGGUCCUCAGCUGAACGCUGGCUGUGGCGGCUGUUGGAUGUUUGGGGCGCGUGCUGGCAUUCUGUGCAUGUAUCUGUACAUUAUGUAGAUUACAUACGUGUAAUCUCACACGUGAGGGGAGGGGAAAAAUCUGAAGUUACUGUGACUGCGGGGAUAAGCCAAUCAGACUAGAAUACUUAUGAGCUUAUUUGUGCCCUUAGAUCAAUAUCCCCUUCAAAGGCGCCCGUGCCUUUUGCCGCCGUCUGCGGCGCAAGGCAAACUCCGAAAUGUGUAUUUCAGUCCACAGCGCCGACAUGAAAAGAAUAUUAAUAAGCGUCGGCAGUCUGUACGGGGCCCCUGAGAAAUCAUCCUCUACAAACAGCGAUGCUGUGGGGGCCUACGAAGGAGGGGAUGUGGUGCACUCCUGGGCUUCAUCCAUUUAACAUCGCUCCCCCCGCCCGGGUCAGACACGGUCUCGUCUGUCUUGUCUGUCUCGCGUGCGGAAUUCUCUGCAGCGGCAUUGUUUUUUUGUUUUUUUUUGCAAGGCGGUGAUAGUGAAUAGGGCCGGCUUGAGAAGAGGCAGCUUGGGAGGCUAAAUCAGGAAGAUGACAGUUUCCUUUAGAGAGGACCCACAGUGACAGAGUGGAGCAAAAUGGCUCUUUUUUUCCUUCUGCCUGACACUACACAGACCUUAGCAUUCCUGUUAACCUGUCCCAUACUAUUUGCAGGAAGACUGACUGUGAGUCAAAGUGUGAUCUACAGGUCAGGUGAGCAGGUAGAUAAAGUGUUAAAAGAAUUCUGGCCACCACAGGUGCGCUCCAUUGACAGCACUUCAGUGUUCCUGAAUAUUCCGGAGUGGGCAAGCUCGGAACACAUUUUUUAUUGUGAUUGACGGUUUAAACGGGUUCUCUGAUUGCAGUUGAAUUCUGAAACAAAACAGGAAGUGCCUCCUGGGUAAUCUGCACUCAGAUUUGCGUGGGCCUUUCCCCGGGACCCGAGAUUUGAUGCGAAGAUGGCACAUUCUUCACUGAGCACUUAAGAGUCGGAUGCCUGAAUGAACAGGCUGGCACAAGCCAAGAGUCGAACACAAAGAGUAGCGACAAAUAUUUGCUGACUGCACAAAACACUGGCAACCCCGCCCGCCUCAGCUCCUAUCCUGUAUGGCUUCUGAAUCAGUGCCCAUAUAUCGGGCUCAGGACUUAAUAUGCGCUGUACAGCAUGUCCCUGCAGAUGAUAUUUCAUUUUCAGCGCAGGAUGACUUCUAUGUUUGCUCGACAGAUCAGCCGAGCCAUGCAUUUAAACUGUCUUUGUGCAUCCUCUAAGUGGGCCUCCUGUGUCAUGCCUCAUAAAGUGAUCAAAUAUUUACCGUAGCACUUCUGCGCCCCCAUUACUUUACUUCCUCCUUGCACACACAGGGGCUAAUUUACUUGAUCUCGUUAAGAAACUCUGAAAAUAUUCUCACAAAUGCUCGUGCUUUUUCAUGAUAAGCGUGAGCCGCUAUCAUCAGAGAGAGAGAGCGAGAGAGAGAGGGAGAGAGGGCUGUUUUAAAUAUUUAAGGAUCUGUCUGAAUGAAUGAAGCCCUGGAUGUACUAUGAAACACAAGCCGGAGGGCCAGCGGAGCUGGCAGAUAGGGGCGAGCCUUCACGCCAUCUUGCCAGCCGACUGGCUCUGCGGAAGCAGGUGGAAGGGGCGGUUGGACAGCGGCUCGCUGUGGGAAGGGCCAGGCCCAGCAGGAAUGCUGAUGAAUGCACACAUGUGCAUGCCUUAGUAAGCCCUCAAACAGACCCCCUCCCCACUAACCCCCCCCCCCCCCCACACACACACACACACACUCACACUCACACACACCACAAGCCUGCUGGCCAUCCGGCCUGCUCUUCUGACACCCCCUGAUACAGUGGAAGCAGGAAUCCCACUGAGCCCCUAGCUCUGCCAUCGGAACAUUACAGUGGAAAUCUGAAGAGGCCCAGCCCCGACAGUCCAGUCAGUCACAUCCCACCGAAAGAACAAGCUUUUAGCAGACACACCAAAUUCGUGAGAGAAGAGAAAUGUUUGACUUGUCUGGGUCUUUGUGUAUUAUUGUGUCUGAGUCUCGAGAUUACCGUACUGUUGUGUCUAUGACAGACACCGACAAAUACGAGGGGCACGUAUUAGGCAUUGUGCACCUUUCUUUUGUAUAUGGCACUUAUCUCCCCCAGUCACUAAGCUUCAGUGUGUAAUUCAGCUGUCAGAACUGUCAAGAGGUACUAAAGGAACUACCUGUGGUACUGUAUAGGCAAAUGAGGCAUGGGGUCAAGAGUUCAUGUGUGUGUAAACGUGUGUGUGUUUGUGAGUGUGUGUGUGUUAUUUCACUGUUGGGCGUCUGAAGGAGUAUCAGCAUGAGGGGCUGAAACAGAGGAGCCAUCUAAUGCAAUAAGGCAAUAAAAUAGACCAUCAGUGCUCGCAGUCAUUAAUACAGGGCGAGGAGGGGUCAUUUUUCUUCACGUGAUCAAGCGAGGCUCGUUGGAAAUCCUGUAUACGUAUACUGUGACCCACUGGGUAAUCAGAGCAAAAUGUCUGUAGUGCUUGUCUCAAUUCCAGACAGUGUCAGGGUACCUUUAAGGCCAGUGCCGACACCAAAGUAUCGGAAGCAGCCCAGGAUAGCACUUUCUAAAGGUAUGGUGAGUUAAGUGGUCAGCGUUUGACUUUUUUUUUUUUUUUAAUUCUGAAGAAGCUAGUUUUGCCCUGGAAGCUUGGAACACCGAUGAACAUUCACUGUACAGAGGGAACCCCGAUGUUUGUCACCGUGUGAAAGGGGAGAGAACGACUCCCUGCCUGGGACCCAAAUUCCUGUGCGGGGCCCAUAUAGCUGAUUCUUCACUUUUGGGAGCCCCUCUGUGCAGAAAUUUCCCCUUCCGCUUACGAAAUGUAACGACUGCUUAUUUCUGUUUGAAACUAUCUGCUUGAUAUCAUGUAACAUUGAGGGCACAUAGGCUACUUAUCUUCAAGUCUGUAACGGUAAAGGAACAAGUCAAGGAGACUUACGGGAGCCUCAGGUUUGUGUUUACUGGGGCUUUAAAAAAAAAAAAACUUCAGUAACUUAUAUUAAGUGAAUAACUUAUAUUGAAUCAUGGAAACCAAUAAAGAAAACUGUUCCCCCCC